UUUCGUGUGGUGAAUGGGAAGCCCGAGUGUGGGAGUAAGUAAUAGUCUUAAUGAAUCGGUUUGAAAACUCUUCAAAAAGUGAGAUAAAGCUUGCGAAAAAGCUCGGAAACUUCAAGCCGUGACUCCCCCAUUUCUCCUGCGCGACUAGUGACCAAGGACCUAAGGUAAAUACUGUUCAGGAAAGGAUAGGUGUGAUUCUUCUGCAAGAAGGAAGACUGAUAACUUAUGGUUCAAGAGUCUUGACUAAUGCUCAGACAUGCCAUACUCAGACUGAAAAAGAAGCGAUGAUUUGGAAGUUGUUUAAGGAAGCAUUCGACAAAGAAUCUUAACUGCAUGGUUACAAUUGGGCCUGAUGGCAUGCUGGACCGAAAUUCAGUUCCGUGUUUGUACACAAUAGAACCUUUCAAGGAAAAGGAAGUUUAUAGUGAUUCUAUCCAAAGGUACAUUGAGUAAUGUCCAGGUUGUGCCGCCUUCUUCUGCUGACAGUAUUAUUGAUUUGCAUUCAAGCUGCACCAAAACCUGAGGAGAAUGUUGUUCUGGGGCACACAACUAGCCAUUCUAUAACCAAAGCUAACCGGACUAAAACACAACACAAAAACAGCACAGCAAAACAGCACCAUUUGGUCCAGUCUGCUAAAAUGUUAGCAAAGGAUGAAGCAGUGCACCCCCAGACUGUUACUGUGGACCCCAAAAUUUUUAACAAGAGACGUUUUGUAUCAUCUCGAGUUAUGUUCAGUGCACAUCCUCCUCUUAUGACAGCAGACUUAGAACUGAUGGAAUAUUCAGACAGUGAAGACAUUAUAAACCAAAGUGCACGAAUUAAACGGGGUUUGCCAGACCUCCACCCUGUGCAUCGCCUUGGGGAAGUGGCAGUUUGUGACAGUACAGAUGUGUGGGUUGGAAACAAAACCAAGGCAACUGACAUAAAAGGAAAUGAGGUCACAGUACUGGAACAGGUCAAUAUAAAUAAUAGUGUACUUCGGCAGUACUUCUUUGAGACCCGCUGCAGUAACUACAAGCCAACCUCCACAGGCUGCAGAGGGAUAGACGCCAAACAUUGGAACUCGUACUGCACCACCACACACACCUAUGUACGAGCACUGACAAUGGAAAAUGAACACGCAUCAUGGCGCUUUAUCAGAAUCGAUGCUGCCUGUGUGUGUGUGCUGAGCAGAAAAACAUGGAAACCCUAACUGUUUAAAUACCUCCCCUACCUCAGCUUGUAAAUUAUUUUAAAUUAUAAGGACUGCAUGAGAUAUUUAUAGUUUGUACAUCAGAGAGAACCUCAUUAUUUAUUAAACUGUUUUGGAAAGUCUUUGUGUGUUGUGCACUUUAUUUAAUGAUGUGCAGGUACCUCCUAAAGUAAUACACUUCCCGUUGUUCUCAUUGUUAAACACGACCGUACCUGUCAGUUACGUUGUUCACAAAAACUGACAGCAUAUUUCAUUUCAGUAUUCAAAACAAAUAUUUUAUGUUCUGUAUUUUAUUUUUAUUUAAAGUUAUGGAUUAACAUCUUUCUGUAAUAGCUAGCCUUGUCUUGAUGUUUGUUUAAAUAGCUUGUCUGUACCUUUUAUUUUUCUAUGUACUGUAAAAGCAAAACUCAUUUGCUGCAAGAUCGUGAUGUAAUACAUUUCCAUAAAGCUAUUUGUAUACUUUCAGCAAUGUGCCCUUUAUUCCAAGUACAGUUGUUUGUGUUGUACAUUCGGACUCUGAAAACUCAAUACAUCUUAGUCUUUUUUUUCUUUUUGUUUGCUCCUUUAAUACACAUUUAAUAGAAAGCAAGCCGUUUGCAUGUGAAAUGGAAUGGUUAUAUACAGACCUUAAAACUUCAUUACCAGUGCUGGACUGUUGUUUGAAGAUCAGCAGUUACUACCAAAGCUUUCUGACAAGACUGUAAAUAAUGUUAACUUUUUUACAGAGAAAUCCCAGUAUAUAUACUGCCACACACAAAUAGAUAUUCCGUUUUUUAACAGUAAGAACUGCAGCUUAUAACUAGCAAUAUGUACCGGAGUUCUUAUACAAGUACAUAUGAACAUGGCACUGUGAUAUAUAUUCUCGUUACCAUGGUGCAUGUCAAGGGACUGCUUAAUGGUCUCUAGUCUAACAGAGCUAUUCAGGACCCAGGUCAACAUGUUACCAUAUUAAAGGGGCAUAUACUUGUAAUUAUAAAAGUUUAUUCAGAUUUGCAAGAAAAAUGUUCUGGUUAUAUUGUUUAAUUUCUUUUUCCUUAUUGUUUGCAGAAUGUUUUUGCAUAAUAUUAUUUUUCAAACUGGAAGCAGAGUGGUGUUAACAAUUAACAUUGCUGCCUCACAGAACAUGGUUCUCCUGUUCGGUUCCCAGCUGUGAUUCCAUCUGUGAGGAGUCUGCAUGUCACCUGUGUCUAUGCAGAUUUUUACUGGAUGGCCCGGUUCUAGUCCUCUAUCCCAAAGAUAUGCAGAGAUAGGUAGACUAGAGCUAAUCUAAAUUGCCCAUAGUCGCGUGUAUAUGUGUUUCUGUUCCAGAAUUCAGACCGUCUUUCACUACCCCUAUAACCACAAAGCUUUGCUGCUUGACAACACAACCUAGUGAUACAUUCCUGUUGCCAUGUCAAAAGAAUACAUUCUGAGGUUAACAUGAAAAAGAAAGAAUGUUGGAAAGGAGGAAAGAGUUUAUAAAUUUCUUCCUUGGAGGUGCUAAUUCAGAUGAACUGCAAGAGAGGUUACAAAACCAACAAAACCACUGUAGCUGAAGCAUUUUAUCUGUGAAGUGAUUUCCUGAAAUAUGAAGCCUCUUUCUUAAUCUUUUGGGAUAAUCAGACUGUUUUGCUGUAAUCACCAGCUUACUAGUGUAAUGGUGUACCUCCAUUCUGCCCAUUUUAUUGACAGUUCCAUGGAUGAACCUUUAAGGUACUUCUAUGCAGUGCCAGUUAUCUUAAUAGUCUAGCUGCUGAGACCUAUUGGCACCAAAGGAAAAGAAUAUUUUUUUAAAUUAAAAUAUAUCCCAAACUUCGCAUACAUAAGCCAGAAAUCGGACAACUUUAAAAAACAGAAAACAAUAAAAAGAACAUCUUAACAAAACUGUAGAAAUUCAAAAUAUGUAUUAUCCAGUCAUUUUUAAACACUAUCAUUAAUAUAUCUGACAUACAGAAUUUUUUAGUCCAGACUUCUACAUAUGUUAACUAUUCUCUGUUAAAUAAAAUUUCAGUCCGUUUAGUCUUCCUUAAUUAAAAUGUUGUCAGUUUUCAUACAAUUCUCUAUAUUCUCUUUGUACUACCCAUUUAACAAAACAAUGUGUAAGAGACAGCAUUUAUUCAUUUCUUUAUUUUUAAUCUUUGCAGCCUUCAUGUAUAUAUCUCUUCAAGUUAUUUAAAAUUCAACAUUUAAUUUCACUGAAACCUAGAAAUAUUCCACGUAUGUAGGGGUGUAGGGGUAUGUAUAUGUGUAUAUCUGAGAAUAUCAGCUAACAUCAAAAAUACAAAAUAGAAAAAGAGAGCAUCAUAAGAGUGAGCACAAAAGCCAAAUGCAGAUAAUACUGAACUGUUAAAUAACUUAAACAGACAUCAUCAAAGAAAGGAAGCAACCCCAACCCACAACAAAGUGUUUUUGUAGAGGUGCAAGAUUCCCUGCACACCAUAGAUGGGGGGGAACCCUCCCAGACUAAAAAUGUACAAACACCAUGGGUGCACCAACUCAAGAAAGACAAAAUCUCCCUUAAAACAUGAAUCACUGCUA